CAGCUGAUUUCAUGAUGUGGAAUGAAUGACAUGUCAGUGUACAGCAGGGCAUCAUCUUCUGGACUUUACUGCCUUUAUCACACUAAUACAAUCUGUUACCAUAUAUACAGUGCUGGUACCUUCUCAACACACUUGCACACUGAGGAAGACAAGAGAGGACUGUUAGAUCCCACACAUCAUGAAGGUCUUUGUAGUUUUUGCUAUCACAGUUUUCUGUGGUUGUCAUGCCAAUUUGUUGGGGCAGGACCAAGCAGGUCCCAGUAUUGACCUUGUAAAAAAUGCCUUUUGGAAUUACGUUGCCCAGGCCACCCUCACGGCUGAAGACACGGUGCAGAUGAUCAAAAACUCUGAACUGGGACAAGAUAUCAGUGACAGGAUCUCUACAAGUGCAGGCGCCGUAAACCAAUACACCCUGGCCAUUCAGGGUCAAGUAACUCCUCUGACCCAAGACUUGCUGGACAAACUUUCUCAAGAGGCCGAUCAACUUAAACUACGUAUGGAACAGGAAAUGACAUCUGCGCAAUCCCAGCUUAAGCCUUAUUAUGAGGAGAUUAAAGAUGAUAUUCAAAUUCAGGUUGACCAGCUAAAGAAGGAUGUGACCCCGUAUGCAGAGACCCUAAACUCUGAAGCCUUGAAAUCUAAACUGCUACAGGGGGCUGAGGAGCUGAAGGCAAACCUGGAGAGAAGUCUGAUGGGCCUGGGUCCCCAAACAGAGGAGCUCAAGGAGAAUCUGGGCCGACAUCUCCAGGACUUUCAGAUGAACAUGCCUUCAUUAGCACAAAGCUUUCAGACACAACUGGCACAGAAAAGUCAAGAGAUUCAGAAGAGCAUUAAUCCCUAUACAGAGGAACUGAUGAGCAAACUGGAUCCAUAUGCUCAGGACCUGAAGGCUCAGUUAACAGCGCUCUGGGAAUCUUUCGCUAAGAAUAAGCAGUAGACUUUUUUUAGAAACAUUAAGCAAAUGAAAAGGACAUUUUGCUAUUCUGGUUUGUAAAGGCAGUAUUUAAGCCGUGGCUUGCUCAAAGUGAACUCAACAUUUACUAUUUCACAAAAAUAUAUUUUUAUUACACAUGAAUGUUGUUAAACAUGGCUUAAUAAAACUGUUUUAUAUUCAUCUACAAUAUGGGUGGUCCUUAUUUUUCAACUUUUAAAAGUUGCUCUCACCCCACCAAUAUGUUUGAAUAAAUAAAUAAAAAUUGGGCAAUUUUU